AUGUCGACUAUCCUCAGGCAGGCAGCGUCCGUCGCAAGACAGACAGCGUCCAGACGCGCGUUCUCCGUUUCCGCAGGCGUCCGCAAGGACCUCGUCCAGGACCUGUACAUCCGCGAGAUCAAGGCAUACAAGCCCGCACCCACUGCUAAAGACGCCCACGUUGGUGCUGUCAAGAAAUUCACCGCACCCGCGGCCCCCGUUGCCCCCGCCCUCCCCGCCGACCUCGCCGCUGAGCUCAACACAUACGCUACCACUGAGCCCACGCUCGCUGACGCCACCGCGUCCACCAAGGCCUCUGAGCCCACGGAGGCAUCCACAGGAGGCGCCGAUGCGUUCCUCGCAUUCCUCGAGGAGGACCUCCCCAAGCCCGUGCACCACCAUUAG